UUCAGAAUAUCAUCGAAUAGUCGUACUAAACAUACCAUGUUCUCAUUGGAGAACUGUGCGAAUAAAAAUCAAUAAUUAAAAUGAACAUUGUCUGAAAAAUCAGCCGUUGUCGUAUCGUGCAUCUGGAAAUGGUCGAAUUGGCCCAUAGCGACCCAUUAGCACCCUCCACCAGCAGCAGUGGCGUGGGACUGAGGGAGGAAAACUCGAGAGGGUCUAACGUGACCUUGGUAUCUUCAGCCACUCUGAACGAAAGGGGGAUGAGCCUUCAUUCCUUCGCAGUGGAAAGCGAGGUAUUCAUGGGAAAAGCACAGUUUUGCAUCGAGACCGUUCUCCAGGACAGUUUCGUACGUUUUUCCACAAAUAAACGGGCCAUGACCAUCCAUAGUUUUCUUACUGAAAUACCUCCAGUAGACAAGAAGAACCGUUUCAUUAUUACUACAUUCUACUACGAGAUAAAGCCACGAAAAGUAGAAUUAUCGAAUUUUUCGAGCGAUACCACUGAAAUCCAUAGCGUGGAGAAAGAUGUCAGAUCUCUUGGAGCCAAUACAAUCCAAAGAACCAGUUUAUUUCGUAUCACAAACGCCGAAGUUGUGACAGUCACCAAAUCCAUGGAUAUGUCCCUGGAAACUUUCCACCAAGAGAUCCCCCCUAAAGAAACAUACGCAGAAUCCUCAGAAAACCUCAAAAGACUUGACGAACACAUCAAGUCCCUCCAGAGCGUCUUCGAUAAGGUUAGAGUAUCUCGAGAGCUCAAUCAUUCCAACGAUACGAACAGAGCGAAGGACCUAGGUUACUUAGAUAUUAAAUUAUUCUUGGAAAACGCCAGUACUCAAACGCAGGAAGCAUCUAAACCUCCCACGGAUCUUUCUUGGGUGAAGAUAGAAUCGCUAAUUUUGGAAUGCGAGUAUGCCAGAGCCACAGCCAACAUGAUGAGACGCUAUCCGUUCUAUUACGAUUUCCUGAAGAGGUGUUAUGCUGAUAGACACUUCUGUCGUGAGGGUGAGUUGAGGCAUCUCAGGCCGAAGCAGAAGAAUCUUAAGAGGGCGAUCAUACACGCUUAUGGCUGUAAUAGAAGUUAUCUAGAAGCUAUCGACUCUCUUCUGUUGGAAACUUACAACAAUCAGAGGAAUAGAUCUAGGUUUUGAUUAAAUUUUUGUUGAAGGA